AUGAGCCGCAUCUACCACGACAGCGCGCUUCGCAACAAGCCGGUGCAGAGCGCGCGGCUGCCCGGGGCCUGGGACCCCGCCGCCCACCAGGGGGGGAACGGUGUCCUGCUGGAAGGAGAACUGGUGGAUGUUUCUCGGCACAGCAUCUUGGAUGCCCAUGGCAGGAAGGAACGCUACUACGUGUUGUAUGUCCAGCCCAGUCGCAUCCAUCACCGCACAUUCGACCCUAAAGGAAAUGAAAUUGAACCCAACUUCAGUAAUACCAAGAAGGUGAACACGGGCUUCCUCAUGUCAUCAUACAAAGUGGAAGCCAAAGGGGACACCGAUAGGCUCACUGUUGAGGAGCUGAAGGGGCUGGUCAAUAAGCCGGAGCUGCUUGCACUGACAGAGAACCUGACUCCAGACCAGGCCGUGGCAUUCUGGAUGCCAGAGGCAGAGAUGGAGGCCAUGGAGCUCGAACUGGGGUGCGGGAUCCGACUGAAAACCCGGGGUGAUGGCCCCUUUCUGGAUUCAUUAGCCAAACUUGAGGCUGGAACAGUGACCAAGUGUAAUUUCGCUGGUGAUAGAAAGACAGGCGCCUCAUGGAUGGACAACAUCAUGGCCCAGAAGUCGUCAGGAGGAGCCACAGCAGAAGUCCGGGAGCAGGGGGACGGAGCUGAGGACGAGGAGUGGGAUGACUGA